AUGACCAUUUGGUGCAAAUCCUGCAAAUGUCAUGUCAGCUCUCCGUGCACCUCUCACCAUCUGCCCGAGGAUCACCACCGCUCGGUCUGCAGGAGGUUCAGAUCCACCAAAGGAGCAUCCAAAGCUCGGCGAGACCACAUCAAUCAUGAGAUCAGGAAUAUGCGAGCUCUGCUGCCCAUCACCCAGGAGGACCAGGAGCGCCUGUCCUACCUCCACUCCAUGGCAGCCAUCUGCACCUACAUCAGGAAGUCUGUUCUCUUCCAGGGGCUCUCGGCUGGGGAGAGAUCACACUGCUCUCUGCCGUAUGAGGCCUUUCUUCAAGCCCUGCACGGCUUCAUCCUGGUCACCACUGCACAGGGCAGGCUGGUUUAUGUGUCGGAAAAUGUCGACGAGUACCUCGGUCUUUCCAUGGUAGACGUGCUGCAAGGAGACACGCUGUAUGACAUGGUGGAACGCUCGGAUGUUGAUGUUGUUAAAUUGAACCUGGACAUCGAAAGCACCUCAUCAUCAGAGAGGAGCUUUAUAUGUUGUAUGCAAACCUCCAAGGCUUUUAAGUUGCAACAUGGCAGCUGCUGCUCCAUGCACAUCAGAGGGAGCUUCCAGUUCUUCUGUCAGCCUCACCUGUCCUCCCCUGCGGCCUCUCCCACCGGCGAGCCUCUGUUCGUGGCCCUCUGCACCCCGACAGCGAACCGCCUGAGGAGCAGCGACUCUCACUUCUGUCACAGCUUCAGCAGCACCCACAGACUGGAUAUGAGCUUUACUCAGCUGUCAGACAGUGUUGUAUAUUUUUUGGGGUAUUCGGCGGAUGAACUGACUGGCCGAUCCUGGUACAGUCUGGUCCAUCCUGAAGAUCUGUUACAGACUGCAGAUUCUCAUAGAAGUUUAAUGCAGGCAGAUGAAGGCUUCCAGGUGGAGAUGGUACUGAGACUCCAGCGAUCAGAUUUGUCAUGGACCUGGAUCUACAUUCAAGCUAACAAGGACUCAGAGUGUCAGUGCAUCAGCUGCACCAACUUCUUCAUCAGUGAAACAGAGGCCAGAUUUCUUCAAAAAAAAAUCAGCAGCGAGGCCUUCAGGCCAUCGUCUCUGCAACAUUCCUGCCAUUUAGUUCAGCAGGCGGCCCACACUCAGAACAAAAACAUGAAAUGCUUAAAAAGGCAGAGGACAUCUAACAGCCAGAGUGAGGAGCCUUGUGCCAGAGUGAGGAGGGAGUCUGAGCGAGACGUAUACUACGUGGUGUGCGGCUCCUCCCAAGGCAGUAGCUCACCUGUUCCCCUGGGUGACAGCCCUGCUUUCUACACGCCUCCCUACAGCCCGGCCUCCUCAAGCUCCUCGCUGCCGCAGGAGGAGCUCAGCCAUGACCUCCUGAUGGAUGUGCAUGAAUGCACAGAUCAGCUGCUGUCCUCCCCUGAGAGCUCUCCCUCCUAUUACUCCUACCCAGAGGCAGGGCUCACCUGUCACCAAUCACCCUCCGACUCCCUCCCUGCAGUCGCUGAACAAACCUUUGACCAGGGGGCCUUCGGCGUGCUCAGUGCCCACUCUCCGCUUACUUCCUCAUCUCCGACCCAUGAUUUCCAAGCUUGUACGUCCGAUGCUCGAUUAGUUCCAGACUGCCUGUCUGUGUCCGACAUGUGUGAGAGCCCGGUGGACUGUGCUCUGCAUCCAGACGAUUUCGGCCUCCUUGAGCAGCCACAAGGGGGCAGCCUCGUCCAGCUGCAUCAUGUUCCUCACCCUGAGUUGCCCAUGCAUUCCAGUCUUGGUGCUCCCAACCAAUCUGCCAUAUCCACAGAGUCUAACCAGUACAACGAGAGGGAACAGGCAGAGAUCAGUAUUCUGGCUCAGCAGAUCUCCUCCCUGGCCAGCAGCUUUGACAUGCACCACACCUUGAAUCCCCUUACAAAUGUGGUCCAGCCUGCAGCCACCAGCACCCUGCCCUCAGCCUGUGACUGGUCCCAUAACCCUUGUCUUCCCUCAGUCCCGCUUUCUAAGUUGGUGCUCGAUGACGGUGUGUUCGACAGCAUCCUAAAAGACCUGGACAUGGUCACGAGGAAAAGCAGCACAUCCAGCCCGGGCGUCAUUUGCUACAGCUACCAGCAGGGCUUUAUGUGUGGCAGGAGUGGGUCGGAGCAACAGCCUCUUGGCCUCACUGCUGAGAAUCCGCUGCCUACAGAGCAGUUCCCUGCAGGCAGCAUCGCCUUGGAUCCCUUCAGUUUGCAGAUGGGACACCACGGCCAGAACACUGGGUUGCAUCAACUCAACCACUACAUGCAGAGGAGCCUUCGGCAAGAUGGACUCGCUGAAGAAAACCUGUACUGA